CAGUAUCAUCAUCAAAGCGUCUUCUUGCGUGAUCAUGGAUGCCUCUCCCUCGAGUAUUAAGUUAUUUUUACUUUGCUUUCUUUCUACAAUUAUGUUUAAUUCCGUCAUGUGCAGUUUUAAGAUUGAUUGCAACAAGAAGGACAUGAACACACUCUUACGCUUCAAACGAGGAGUCAAAGAUCCUUCAGGCUUGCUCUCUUUAUGGUUUCCAAAUUUAGAUUGUUGUCAAUGGACAGGGGUCAAGUGUGAUAAUAUCACAGGUAGAGUUACACAACUUCAUCUUCCUUGUCAUACAAAUCAACCUAAAUUUGUUGAUAUUGAAGCGAGAGACGACAAAUCACACUGUCUAACAGGUGAACUUAGCCUCACUUUGCUAGAACUUGAAUUUUUGAACUACUUGAAUUUAAGCAACAAUGACUUCAAGUCUAUGCAAUAUAAUUCAAUGAGUAGUCACAAGUGCGAUGACUUGUCAAGAGGUAAUUUUCCUUAUCAGUGUGGAAACUACACCAACCUCCUUUAUCUUGAUUUGUCAUACAAUCAUGAUCUUUUUGUCCAUAAUCUCCAUUGGAUUUCCCGUCUUUCCUCAUUGGAAUAUCUCAACCUUGGUGGUGUUUAUCUUCAAAACGAUAUUGAUUGGCUUCAAUCUGUCACCAUGCUCCCUUCACUUUUAGAGUUGCAUUUGAAGAGUUGUCAACUUGAAAAUUUAUAUCCACUUUUUCAAGGUGCUAAUUUUACUUCACUCCAAGUUUUAAAUCUUGCUGACAAUCAAUUUUUGUCUGAGUUGCCUGGUUGGUUAUUCAAUCUUAGUUGUCAAAUCUCUCAUAUUGACCUUAGUCGAAAUCAGAUACAUAGCCAAUUACCUAAAGCAUUGCCAAAUCUUAGAAGCCUUAAAUCCUUGGUUUUAUCUGAUAAUUCUCUCAAAGGACCCAUUCCAAGUUGGUUAGGAGAACUUGAACAACUACAAGAACUUGAUCUUUCUCAUAAUUUCUUUUCUGGCCCAAUCCCCACAAGUUUGGGAAAUCUAUCAUCCUUGAUUACAUUGAUACUUAAGUUUAAUGAGUUGAAUGAGACUCUUCCAAACAAUCUCGGACAACUCUUCAACUUGGAGACCUUUGAAGUUUCAGAAAAUCACUUAAAUGGAAUUGUAUCAGAAAGGAAUUUACUUUCUUUAACAAAUUUAAAGUACUUUUCCAUGAGUUCGCCAGCCCUAAACCUUGAUUUUGAUCCUAAAUGGGUCCCUCCUUUUCAACUUCUAGAAAUUGAAUUGGGUUACGUGAGAGACAAACUUCCUGCAUGGCUAUUUACACAGAGUUCUUUAAAAGAUGUAAAGAUUGUACAUUCAACAGCUUCAUUUGAACCUCUUGACAAGUUUUGGAACUUUGCAACUCAACUUGAAUUCAUUGAUUUGGAGAACAAUACAAUCAAUGGGGACAUAUCAAAUGUGUUGUUAAGCUCAAAAUUUGUUUGGUUAGUUUCCAACAAUUUAAGAGGUGGCGUGCCUCGUAUAUCACCAGAAGUGGUUGUUUUAAUUUUAUAUAACAACUCUUUGUCUGGAUCUAUUUCUCCUCUCUUGUGUGAUAGAAUGACAUAUAAAAGCAAUUUAGUGUUCUUGGCCUUGAGUUAUAAUCAUUUAUCUGGAGAACUCACAAAUUGUUGGAAUAAUUGGAAAUCGUUGAUUUAUAUAAGCUUAAGACACAACAACAUAACAGGAAAGAUUCCUCAUUCAAUGGGCUCUUUGUCUGACCUUCGUUUUCUGUAUCUAGAAAGCAAUAAGUUGUUUGGAGAGGUACCUUUUUCACUAAAAAAUUGCAAGAAUCUUGAGGUACUUGAUCUAAGUCACAAUAAUCUUUCUGGAGUAAUACCAAGCUGGUUGGGACAAGGUGUUAAAGGUCUUCAACUGAGAUCCAAUCAAUUCAGUGGCAGCAUUCCCUUACAGAUAUGCCAACUUCACUCUCUGAUAGUGAUGGAUUUUGCAAGUAAUAAAUUAUCAGGAUCGAUACCCAAUUGCUUACAUAACAUCACAGCUAUGCUUUCUGGUAAUUCUUCAACACUCGGCUUAAUCUCAUACUUUCGAGGUUCGCCAGUACUUUUGGGGGGUGGUAUUUUGAUGGUUGUUAAAGGAAAUGAGUUACAAUAUCUUACUGUAAUGAGGACGAUUGAUCUCUCAAGCAACAACUUGUCUGGAAGAGUGUCUUUAGAGAUGUAUAUGUUGUCUGGAUUACAGUCCUUGAAUUUAUCCCAUAAUCAAUUAAUGGGAACCAUACCACAAGAGAUUGGCAAAUUGCUACAAUUGGAGUCUAUCGAUCUCUCCAGAAAUCAUUUCUCAGGAGAAAUUCCUGCGUCCAUGUCAGCCUUGCAUUAUCUAGAGGUAUUGAAUCUGUCAUUCAACAAUUUUGUGGGGAAAAUCCCAUCAGGGACCCAACUUGGUUCUACAAACCUUAGCUAUAUCGGAAAUCCUGCACUCUGUGGAGCUCCACUUACAAAGAUAUGCCCACCUGAUGGAAAAUCCCACAAUACAAAACCAAAACCCAUGGGAGAAGAAGAAGAUGAUCAAGUACAUUUAUGGUUCUUCACUGGCCUGGGAAUUGGAUUUGCCGCGGGAUUUUGGGGAGUUUUUGGCACCAUUUUGUUCAACAGGAGAUGCAGGCAUGCUUAUUUUAGAUUUCUGCACCUAACGUAUGACUUUGUGAUCCGAAAGAUGCACUCAAUCCACUGAAACAUGAGGAAUCGCAACUGUGGUUCUUGAUGCGCAUGAUUUGACAAGUUAUUUCAUACAGAAGAUUUUGCAAGAGGUCACAGGAUUCGUCUGUUAUUAAAGAUAUAUUUAAAUAAAAAUUGUGACUUGUUUUUUAUGAAGUUACUCUUUAGAUAGUUGUAUCCAAACUUGAACACAUGCGUAAUACGAACAUGUCAAUCCCUAAUAGUAGAGUAGGGGUGUGUGACACUCACUUCAUGGGAUGCAAAUUGUAUUAUCAAGGUAUCAUUGUAGUGACCAUUUUCUAUAAGCUAAUGUUAAUAUAUAUUGU